UUCACACGCAGGUAGUUUCGACACUCGCGAUCCAGCCUGAUGUCACUCUCUUUUCCCUGGAAAACUGGGCGAUGAGGCAGGAAGGGUGGGGGGAAACAAAACAAAAAAGGACAGUCUCAAUCAAAGUCUGAGUGCAUCAUCCCCAACUGACAACAUUUUGGACGAGCCGCUCCGGCACGAGGACGUCACCGCUCUCCUAUAAAAACAGCUUUCACUGCAAAUUCUUCAAAGGCUUUGAUCCUGCCUGUGUGUCUGAGAGCAUGGCUGCAUCCCAGGCCCUCUGAGAGCUCUUAGGCGAAAGAUGCAACCAGGAGGUCCUCCCACUCCACCUUCUCUGCCACCUCCACCGCCACCUCCACCUCCUCUUCCUCCACCACCCCCUCCUCCACCACCCCCAGCCCCCGGCCUUCCUCCAUCCCUCCAUGGCCUGGGCAUCUUUGCCAAGGGGGAGCGCAGGGCCUCCAGGAUGCGCAAUUUCAACUGGGAAACCCUUCCCAAACACAGUGUGGUCGGAAAGCACAACAUCUGGACGACGGAUAAGAUUGACGGUGAAUAUGAGCUGGACACGGAUCACAUGGAGGAGCUGUUCAGCCACAAGCAGGUCCAGCAACAACUCAAGGCCCAGAACCGCCAGAGUUUGAGGGGCAUACCGACUAACGCCCCAGGGGGGGAAAUGGUUUCCAUCCUCAGCUCCAAGAGGAGCAUGAACAUUGCAAUUUUCCUAAAGCAGUUCAAGCGGCCUGUAAAAGACAUGAUUGAGGAUAUCAAAUCAGGAAGAAGUCUCAGUUUUGGUUGUGGAAAACUGAGGGAGCUGUGCAAGCUGCUGCCGGAUGAAGGGGAGGUGAAGCAGCUGGUCAGUUUUAAGGGUGACCAUUUCUCUCUCCCCGAGGCAGACCUGUUCAUGCGAAUGCUGGUCAAGGUUCCCAGUUAUGAAGAGCGUCUCAGCAGCCUGGUGCUCAAAGAGGAAUUCCUCCCCCUCAUGGAUGAAAUGAAAGGAUUCAUCUGCACUUUGACCGCUGCUGCACAAGAGCUGAUGGAGUCUGAUCAUCUCCAUUCUGUCAUCCGUCUGGUCCUGAAGACCGGAAACUACAUGAAUGCCGGCAGCUACGCAGGCAGCGCAAUUGGCUUCCGAAUGGCGUCUCUGUUGAAGUUAGUGGACACCAAAGCGAACAAACCUGGAAUGAAUCUUAUGCAUUAUGUCGUGAUGCAAGCUCAGAAGGCAGACGUGGCCCUACUCAAAUUUCCAGAGCAACUCAAACACAUCGAAGCUGCCGCCAGAAUAAAUAAAUGUGACGUUGAAGCAGAGUUCGGAAGACAGGUAAAGAAAGUACAAGAUGCCAAGGUGGACACCCUGAAGCAGGAAGACCUGAAGGCCCAGAUGGAGAAUUUUCUGAAGGAGGCUGAGGUCUGCUUGGCAGAAAUAGAGACGGAUUUUCAGGAAUUGCAGUCAGUGAGCGACUCUGUGGCCGAGUACUUCUGUGAAGACCCCGAGAAGUUCAAGCUGGAGGAGUGUUGCUCCAUUUUCAAGUCCUUUUGUGAAAAGUUCAUGCGGGCCAUGCAGGAAAACAAAGCUCGAGAGAUGACAGAGGUGAAGAGGAGACACCGAGAUCGAUUACAGAGCUCUGCUAAGCGCCGGUCCACGGCUACCUGCUCCAGUAGAGACAAGGAGAUGGAUGGUGUCGCAUUAGAGUCCGUACUACAGAACUUACUUACCAAUCGUGUCUCUCGGAGGAGAUCUGGAAGGCCCUUUUCCACUCAAGGAAGUCCAAUGGGGGGCAGCCCAAACAACAGCAGCUUAAUAGAAAUGACCUCACAGGUGAACCUCCCCACGGGAAAUCAAAAGAUGUCUGCGCAUCUCCUCAGCUCUUUAGCGGCGGAGAUGGGCAGGAAAGAAUGGAACUCCGCUGCUGAACUCACAGGGAACUCUUCACAGAACAAAGUCCAGUCAAGUGGCGUGAACGACAAGGCAAACUGUGUCAUUCCUCAUGAAGAAGAGAUGAAAACCUCCGGGAAAGAGGACCCCAGAGGGUUUGCACACCCGGCUAAAAGGACCAGCAGCAUCUCCUCCUCGGUCAAAUCUUUCUCAGCCACCGCCGACGAUGAUGAGGAAGACAUACAGGACAAUAACCAGGAGGAAGCCCAAAAGUUGCGUGAAGCCUCCAGAAAAGUGUUGCGCUUUCAGAACAGCCGCAGCAGCGUCUCAUCCGCGGACUAUUCUCUGGAAAAUCAGAAAUCUCCCGCUGCAAGCACCACCUUGCCUCGUCAGCGCACCUUCGAUGAGGAAACAGACAGGUAUCCCGGAGACCCGACCAAUGACGAAUUGAUUUCGUUUUUGAUCAGUCCUUCGUCCACCUCCAAACGUAACCUUGGCCGCCGCCAUACGAUGCCACCCAAAGUCCUUAAAACUGAGGAAGAGGAAGAUAAGUUGUGGGACCAGCCUCCGAACAGAACUCCUAAUCUGGUGGCAGGAGAUAAAGGGACACGUCCAGCAGAGGGUGCUGAACACAAUCCCUCGAAACAAGUGUUCGAUUUUAGUGACGUGUCUCCCAACUUUAAAAAAUCGGAUGCCCCAGACCAGAAUCCUCCAUCAGCAGAAAAUAAUGUUUCUUCAGCCACUGUUCCAGACGAAGGGCCUGGGGAGCCACACCAAGAGGGCAAAUCAGUGGAGCCCUCAGGCGACCACGUGCGGAGGAAUAGUGAAAACAUUCGCCCCAAGAGUACGUGGAUUAAGACUGAGACGUCUGGACUAUUUUUUAGCUUUUUCAAACGCCUUGGAGACAUGGGCAAACAGCAGAACAGCAAGGAAACAGUUCAUAAAGGCACCGAUUCUGGUGUGUAGACAAUGAAAGAUGGAAAAUUGAAAGUCAGGGAAGCGUAUAGCAACGUCAGUGUUACUUGUAAUUACCUCAUCGUGGUGAUGAUGUCGCGUUGUCUUGUAGAUGAUGAUGAUGAUGAUGAUGAUGAGUUAGAAAGGUGGGGAAAAGACAGAGAAGGUUCGAGGAAGGUUUGUUGGACGGUGAUGUGCUGAGGAAAGGGGCAUUUGGUAUGUUGCACCACUAGAUGGCAGAAUAUAACAGUAACAUGGUGAACUGUUGUUGCGAAACGAGGGGUGUUGUUGAUUUCCAGACAAUCUGUGUAUUGUCUCUUAAACAAAAGAAUGAUGGGAAUCGCUGUAAAACAUGUAGUCGUAACUUUUUAUCCCUUGGAUUAAGGAGUUACUACUUUUGUCUUACAAUAAACAAUGAAUGUUGAAUGUGACGACGGGAAAGAAUAAUGCUAGAGUGAUGAAACUGGAUUGAAAUCUUGGAUUGAUUGUUGUGUUUGAUACUUUGAUACAUUUUGCAGUAAGCUGGAAGGCAACAUCGUUCAUUUCAGUUUUACAAGUAUGAUUGCCUAUAUGUUCUUCUGUUGUUUUUACCGUAGCACACCGAUGAUGCUGAAGGUCGUGGACGCUUUCAGGGUCUUACUACUCAAUUCAGCCAUUGUUUCAAGUCUUAAAUGGGUCAGUGUUACAAAGGCAGCCUGUAUCUGAGCAGAGCUGAGCCAUGAGCUGUCAGUGGCAAAGUAAAGGGUGCUGAUCUGGAGUUGGUUAUAGGGCAAAUGCCUGGUGGCCUCUUACGAUGAAAGUACCAGACCUGCCCGUGUUUACCCCAGUACACUGCGUGGGGCAAUGCCAGCCUCCAACCCUAGUGUCUCCACAAUCCAAGCGCAGAUACGAGGGGUCAGCGCCCUCAUAGUUACGCUGAUGAGCUUCCAAUGUCCAGAUUUCUGACUGAAGUGAACCAAUGACCUUUUGUCUCAAGUUGUGUUCUCAUUUAAACACCAACUGGUGAAUGAUUUUCAUAUUUAUUUAAUGAAAUAUUUAUAAAUGCGAACUACGUAAACACUCAAAUCACAGAUAUAUAAAGAGUACUGUCACCAAAUUGUGAGUUGUCAUUUUUUGGGGGUCAAAACUGUAUCAGUGACUGUUGGAGAAAAAGAAAAGAAGGAAUAACAGAUUUUUUAGUUUAUAAGAUAAUUUAGGUAACUGCUCUAAGAGUAGUUAUAUCUUACUUUUGUAUUCAGGAAUAGAAAAAAGAAUCAACUAGAUAUUUAUUCAGGUCUGUUAAUACGGUUUGUGAUGUGUGAUGACGCAGCAUACCAAGGCCGAAGUCCAGGAAACAUUUUGGAUAUCAGCCCCACUCGUGAUGAGCUUUCAGUGCAGUUUGGGUACAAAGGCAGACAAAGUAGAUUCGCUCCACUUUGUACAAACAUGAGCCAUGAAAUCAUUCAAACAUCUUAAAAUGAGCUGUCGAAAGGCUACAAAAAAUAACAUCUAUUGACGUUACUAGGUCAGCUGUGAGUCUCACUUCACUUUUAAUUCAGCAAUGCACUGAAAACAAAUGGUUAUGUAAGACACUGUACCUUGUUAUUUGAGUGAUCAUCCUUCUGAAAGAAUUACACACCAUCUGUUUUUCGUGCUGUCUACUAUUUGAUUGUAUAAUCUAGGUUAAUAUCCAGACGUCUCUCAAUAAAAGCAGUCAGGAAGAAAUGUUUUCAAUAAAUUGUCAAGGAAAGCCUAUUAAAUCAAUAAAAAAAAUACAAAUUUUGAUUUCAA